AUGCUUACAGGCGUUUGGGAAGACAGUGGCACCGGCCAGAAGAUAAGUUACCCAGGGAGUUGGAACGCCUACGAACCCAAUGGAUAUCGGGAAGAGAACUGCGUCUCCAUGUUUUACUCUCCUGGACGAUGGGUCGAUGUCACAUGCUUCCGAUCCCUGUGCUGGUCUUGCCAGUUCACGAAGCUCACGGAGGUGAAAGUUUUAGGCUUAUGUAAAAACUCGGUUCUCGAUUUGCACUAUGCAUUAGCAGGAGACAAGAAUGGAUACCCACACUUCACUGGUUCCCGACGAUCCCACAUAUUCUGGAGCCCUGAAAAUCAGACGUAUGUGAUGCAGUCCCUGUGGAACAACCAAAUGUACGGCGUCAUGAAGGUUGGUCAUGCCAAAGGCAUUCAUAAGUUUAAGAAAAGAGGCGGAGGAACACCAUUGCCGAUAGGAAGUCACACCUGGUCCUUCAGUUCGGCUCUAUGCAGCGGUCGUCCGUCGACUCUGAAGCUAACGAUAUCAGCUUGUAGCUCCGGGUACUUUACGUGCGGAGAUGGGUCGUGCGUGGCUUUUAAUGAGCGGUGUGACAGACGCACAAACUGCAAUGAUUAUUCUGACGAAGAAGAUUGCAGUGUACUACAAAUUACAGACGGCUACCGACCAGAGAUUCCACCUCCAUCUAUUGAUAAUGCAACGGCCCUGAACGUCCUGGUUCGAGUUUAUGUCGUUACCCUGACGUCUAUCAACACUGUCAAUAUGGAAUUCACGGCUGAUUUUAUUCUGCAGAUGAGGUGGUACGACGCACGCCUUUUCUUCGAGAACCUCAAGGACGAAACAGACCUAAAUGCUCUGACACAAACGGAAAAGAAAUCUAUUUGGGUUCCCACACUAAGUUUCAAAAGCGCUCGUGGAAACAGACGAAGCCUGCUCGACGAGGAGACCAAAGUCUAUGUUCUGAAAAGGGGACAACCAAUACCAUCGGAUAUGACGUUUGUACAUGAGAUCGAAGUAUACAACGGUCGCACUGCCCAGCUCUUGCUCGAGAGAAAGUAUCACGUCUUAUAUGGCUGCACAUUCGAACUUCAGAUGUAUCCAUUCGACACUCAGAUCUGCACAAUGAGCUUCCAGACUCAAUCUGCCACGAAAAUGUACGUAAAAUUGGUGGCAGACUACGUUACGUUUCUUGGUAGAAGGCAGCUGGUUGAGUAUGUGGUUGGCGAUGUAACGAUGGUAGAUGUGAACGAUAACUCCAGCUACAGCAGUUUGAAGCUUGACAUGGUUCUGAUCAGGCAGAGUGGAUAUCAUUUGGUCACGACAUAUUUGCCGACUUCAAUAAUGAUCGUCAUAGCAUAUAUUACCUUCUACUUUAAGGUCCACGAUUUCAAUGACCGGGUGAUGGUUUCUCUCACAUCCCUCUUGGUGCUGUCCUCCCUCCUUACACAAACUUCAGAAACUCUUCCCAAGACAUCCUACUUCAAAAUGGUCGAUAUUUGGCUCUUCUUCUGCAUAGUCAUAAUCUUCAUGGUUAUUCUCAUCCAUACGGCAUCCAUCUGCGUACAAGAUGAUGACGAGAUGGGCACUAUGGAUGAUCAGAGUGACAGUAAUGAUGGGUCUAAUGAUCGAUUUGCUGGACAGGUUAGAGCUGGAAAUGGUUUGAAAAAGCUACAUGUUAUGUGCAAGCGAAGAGGGAGGGUCACUCCAACUUUCAUUCUGACUUUUGGGAAAAUUAGCAUUCCUUUUGUUGUAGGAGUCUUUAAUAUCAUUUACUGGUCUCUUGCCCUUGCCAAGUAAGUGUGUAAGCAGAAAAAACUUCCUUUUCAUGCAAAAGAAAGUUAACAACUGAUUAUAGUCUGUAAGUAUUCCAUGAUCAUGAUUCCAAGUAUUAUAGAAUCUUAAUACUGCUGUGGCAUAUCUGUGGAAAAGCACAGCCAAGAGUUUCAAGUAACUUCCACCAUUAAGGGAUUCAAAAUUGAAAGCUUCAGUAUAUUAAUUAAAGAGAUCCUUUCAUUUCUGUCAAUGUAAUGCUGCAACUUAAUUUACAGUACAAAUACACAGAGCUAAGAACAUUUUUCCAUCCAGUGAAAGACUUCAAAGCUUUUGUGUAGUUUAUUACCAUAGUACUCAUUAGAUUUUAGUAUUUCUGCCUACCUAUUAAUGAUUAUUCUUUGACAUGUCUCGUGGAGCCAUAUCGGACAAGUUCAUUACCAUCAGCAUUGUGAAAAGAGCCCAUAUCAUAUAUGGAGUAUAAGUGUGCAAACUCAAUGGUAGUAAUAGCCACUCUGGCAUAGUAAAUUUGCCCAAACUUUCUUCUCUUUUCUUUACCUUUUUUUGAUUCAGAGAAAUAAAGGCAUUUCUUAGGUAGUGAUAAAUGUUACAGACUUGUAGUGUAAUGCAAAUUACCAAAUUAUUUAGUGCUUUACAUGUUAUGGAUUAAAUAAACAGCAG